UCAUUGGCUCUCUCUUUCUCUCUCUCUCUCUCUCAGCGCGUGGAAAGUUCUCUCUUUUUUUGUUUGGGUACGCUGCAAACGCUGCAAGCCUGCAAUGGUUUCUGUGCUGUCAGUUUAGGAAGUGGAGAGGGAAUGGGUUCGUGCGUUUCAGCUCACCGGAGCACCAGCUCCGCCGCGGCGAUUCCGCCUUCGCCCAUCAAGGCAAAGGCCGUCGGCGGCGGCGACGUUCCGAUCGGCGGCGGCUUCCUCAAGUCUCAGUGGUCGCCGGGUCCUCGGUCAACGUCGAGUUUCAGAGACUACGGCAGUAAAGAGGAUGUGUUCUUUGAUUCGAAGCCCUGGUUAGAGUCUGACUGUGAAGAUGAUUUUUUCAGUGUCAAUGGUGAUUUCACUCCUUCUCGUGGGAGUACUCCUUCCCAUGGAAACACUCCUAUCCACCCAUCCUUAUUCAAGGGAUCACAAUUGGUUAAGAAUGCCCCUCAGGACAAAGCACCCGUCCCUGUUCCUGAGCAUUCCCCAACAAGUAAGAAAAAGAAACUUGCGGACCUUUUCCGAGAUAGCCUCGGGGGGCAAGAAGAUGUUGCCAAUUACGAUGCUUUGGCUGACAAAGCUACGGAAGAAGCAAAGGCUGAAGCCAAGCCAACAAUACUCGAUGUUCUUCCGAGCUCUGAUCAAGGAACGCCUUACAUCUCUAAGACCACUUCCUUGUAUAGUGGUGAAAGGACUCCUAACGGAGACUAUGUGAUGGAGAAGCAGAAACCAGUGAGAACCACGACUUGUUGCCUCCCUAGAUUGUCUUCACGUGGCGGUUUUAGUGAGAGGAGUAAGAAGAUGAGCUCUGCAAUAGCUGUGCAUGAUUAGAAAAAUUUAUCAGCUUGAGCUUUUUACAUGGAGGAAGUCGGGAUCUCUCGUGCUGAGAGAGCAAUUUUGACUUCACAUCCGUGAGACUGUAUAGUCAAUAGAGGUCUUGAAUCUUGUAUACAUGCUGUUAUCUUAUGCGAAAGCAUGUAUAUUGCGAACUGGGGCAACUGACUCGAGUAUUUUACUACUGCACUAAGGUGAAGUAGCAUCCUAUAGCAAAUUUUCUUUUCGCUUAUU